CGCUGACGCCUCGCUCGAACGGUCACAGCUGGCCAUUAUUUCUGCGGGAGCAUGGCAAAGUACACCUAAUCCUCCACAAGCAAAGACCAUUCUUUGGCGAAUGGAUGCAGCAAAAAAGACAUCGGAAGAUGUCAUCUCCAUGGCGGACUCUUCCUUCACACUGGAGGACAUUGAAGGGGAGCUCCUCAAAAUCGAGAGGAUACGAAACAUCCUGGUGCGCAGAGAAUCCGAGCUGAGAUACAUGAUAGAUGACAUGGAACUGUGUGAGGAAAUUACCAGACUGAAGCGAGAGCUGCAAGGACUGGUCUCCAUUCCAGACGGAGACAAGUCCAAGGAGGACGGCGAGAGGGAGGAGGAGCUUCUGAGGCAGAUCAACAAACUGGUGGAGACCCGAGACUUCCUGGUGGAUGAUGUGGACUUUGAGAGGCUCAGAGAAAGAGAAGAAGAUCUAGAAAUGGCCACCGUCUUGGAGUCCAAAUAUCCAAACACUCCAGGAACAAAAGGUGCUCUGCAAGAUCAGAAGGCGGUUCCCAAAUCUUCUCAUUCCUCGGCACCGCUGAUCACCAAAACUGGACUCACACUCCUGAAGGACUGCUGUGGUGUCACAUGCUCCGUCAUGUGACACGUCUGUCCAUGUUCUCUGUCAU